CAUAAACACCAGAACUUAAAGCAGCUUACAGGUAAAAAGACAGUAAUAUAUUUCAUCUUCUGAAUCUCUUUAAAUUCAUGUUUUCUGGCAAUUCAAAAUGAAUAUUUGUGCUUUAUGGGCUGCCACUCAUUCUAUUCAAAAAUCACUGGGAUGGUUGAUAAGGACAUCUUACUGAAAGGAUACCGACAUUGACUUAAGAGCAAACAUCUCUGUACUUCUCAGACUUAUAAGAUCAACUCCAAGCCUGUACACAUCCAUCUUGGAAUCAAAAUUCAGUUACUUAUUCUCAGAAAUGGAAACAACAUAGAAAAGGAAUUCAGGGGUCUAAGGUCAAGGUUCAAAUAGAAGUGACCAGAAGUUCUGCCAUUACCAGGAGGCUGAAUAGCUAAAUUAGCAUAUAUUUAAAUGAAAAUUCCCCAUCCUUAAACUGAUAUGCAUCCAAGACCAAAGCAUAUUUACAUAUCUUGCCAAUUAUGGAAGAAAAAUCAUGUAAUAAAUUUAAAUAGGUUUUCUAUCUAAAUCCCAUUUCUAAACAUAAUUUACUAUACUCCAAUUCCAAUUCAAUCUCUUUCUUACCUUUGCAUAUAUGUCUUUUUAAUGUUGGAAGUCAAGAAUGAGAAACCACACAGGAAUAACAUUAUUCAUCCUGAAAGGGCUUACAGAUGAUCCACAACUACAGGUCUUCCUUUUUGUCUUUCUUCUUCUCACCUAUAUUUUGAGUGUAAUUGGAAACUUGACAAUCAUCUUCCUCACCUUAUUGGAUCCUCACCUUAAAACCCCCAUGUAUUUUUUCCUCCGCAAUUUCUCUUUCCUAGAAGUCUCCUUCACAACUGUCUGUAUUCCCAGAUUCCUAUAUAGCAUGUCAAGUGGGGACAAUACUGUGACCUAUAAUGCUUGUGCCACCCAGUUAUUUUUUGUCAUACUCUUGGGUGCAACAGAAUUUUUUCUUUUGGCUGCUAUGUCCUAUGACCGCUAUGUGGCUAUAUGUAAGCCUCUUCAUUAUACAACUAUCAUGAAUAAUAGGGUCUGUAUAACUUUUGUCCUUUGUUGUUGGCUAGCUGGGUUCAUGAUAAUCCUUCCACCGCUUAGUCUGGGACUCCAGCUAGAAUUCUGUGACUCAAAUAUCAUUGACCAUUUUGGCUGUGAUGCAUCUCCCAUCCUACAGAUCACUUGCUCUGAUACACAGUUCAUAGAAAAGAUGAUUUUAAUCUUUGCUAUAUUGACAUUAAUUAUCACUUUGGUGUGUGUGGUUCUGUCCUAUACAUAUAUCAUUAGGACAAUUCUCAGAUUCCCCUCUGCCCAACAAAGGAAAAAGGCAUUUUCUACUUGUUCCUCUCACAUGAUUGUUGUGUCCAUCAGCUAUGGCAGCUGCAUCUUCAUCUACAUCAAACCUUCUGCAAAGGAAGGGGUAGCUUUGAAUAAGGUAGUAUCAGUGCUCACGACCUCAGUGGCCCCAGUGAUGAACCCCUUCAUUUAUACCCUCAGAAAUAAGCAAGUGAAACAAGCCUUUAAGGACUCGGUAAAAAGGAUUGCAUUUCUCACAAAAAAGUAAGAGACUACCAAGAUUGAUAUAUGAAGUCUAAGACAUAAAGUAAAUCAUUACUAACUUUGUUGUAUGUAUUUUGGACAACCUACACAAUUUUGUAUUUUCCUAAGCUCUGUGGAAUCUUCACAGCUCUUUAUCUAUAACUCUCAUGGCCUGUUGUUGUUCCUCUUCUGUUCUCAAAGAGGAUCAAUAAAAUC